UGUGUGUGUGUGUGUGAUUGAGAGAGAGUGAGUGUUAUAGAGUGUGUGUGUGUGUGUGUGUGUGUGCGCAGAGAGUGUGCUGCAGUGCGCGUUGCGCUUGGCACGAUAUGGGCGAGGUGCAUGUUCGCCUUUGGAUUGCCGGAGACAAAAACACACUGUCCUCAGACGUGGGAGGACAAAUGUGGUGAAAGGAUUACAGGUGCCAUGGCGUCUCCCCUGAGGAGUCUGAUUGAGGAUGACAGCAGGUACCAGAAAUCCUUCCAGCUCUUUCUGGAGCGCUCCUCCGAGCAUCAGUGCAUGCAGGAGUUCAUCCGCAGCAGGCUGCCGGACAUACUGGCCAGCGUUGGAGGUGGAAAGUCCCAUCUAAAUGUCAUUGGAGUUGGAAGCGGAGCCGGUGACAUUGACCUGCAGAUUCUCUCGGAGCUCCGGAUGAAGCACCCAGGGGCGACUGUGGAUAACGAAGUGGUGGAACCCAGCGGCCAGCAGCUACUUCACUACAGAGUUUCGGUGUCACAGAAACAAAAAGAAUUAGAUUACGUCAAGUUCACCUGGAACAAGAUGACUGCCUCCGAGUUUGAGGCAAACUGGAAAGUGAAAAGAACGACAAAGAGAGCCGACUUCAUUCACAUGAUACAGAUGCUGUACUACGUGAAGGAUCCUGGAGCGACCAUCGACUUCUUCCAGAGCCUCCUCGACGAGAACGGGAAGCUUCUCAUCAUCCUGGUGUCUGGGGAGAGCGGUUGGGGAAAGCUGUGGCAGACCUACAAGGACCAGCUCUGUAGCAAGGAAAUAAGUCAGUGCGUGACCACCGGAGACAUCAAGAGCCUCCUGGACUCCAAGGGAGUGAGCUACCGGAGCCACGAGCUGCCGUCCCAAAUGGACAUCACCGAGUGCUUCACCGAAGGGGACGAGAAGGGAGAGCUGCUGCUGGACUUCCUCACCGAGGUGCUGGACUUCAGUAAGACGGCCUCGCCCGAGCUGAAGGCCGGUGUCAUGGAGUGUCUGCGCCACCCGCGCUGCAGCGUCGAGGCCAAUGGCAGAGUUAUGUUUAACAACAACCUCGGAGUGAUAGUCCUAGAUAAACUCUCUUCAAAACUGUUUAUUGGUUAAGUGAAUGUGACGUGCAGUAUAUUGACAAACAGGGUGAUUUUUUCAAAUUCUACAGUACAUGGUGAACUCCAGUGUAUGUGAUUAACACGAUUUAGAUGGCCAGUGUGGCACAAACCUGCACAAACUAAAAUAUCUAGCUUUCUAAAAGCACUUAUUUUAGGUUGACACAGUAUUAUUUAUUAAUUGUAUUAAAUCUUCUUUGAUGGUGCAAAAUGAAAA